UCAAGCACUAGAUACCAGCAGCUUCCAUGGAAACCAAGGAUAAGCCAGCUGGUCCGGAAGUCCCGCUGCCAUCAAAGGAGGAGUCCGAAGUCCCACCGCCAUCAAAGGAGGAGCCCGAAGCCACGCCUCCUCCUCCCCCUAAACCCGACUACCUCUUUCUAGUUGAUGUGGCUCUCAGGUUCAUCGUGUUUGCAGCAUCACUGACAAGUGUGUUGGUCAUGGUCACCAGCAAGCAAACAGUAUACCGGGGUCCUUUCCCAGUUCGGGCCAAGUUUAAUCACUCUCCCGCCUUCAUAUACUUUGUGGUGGCUCUAUCAGUUGCUGGCCUCUAUGCUCUUCUUACAACACUAGCAUCCAUUUCAGUCAUCUGGAAGCCAAUUUGCCCACCAAAGUUGUUGCUCCAUUUUGUAUUUCUUGAUGUACUGAUACUGGGUUUAGUCGCCUCAGCCACCGGUACAGCCGGGGGUGUUGCAUAUAUCGGAUACAAGGGUAAUGAACAUAUGAUGUGGCAGAAGGUGUGCUCUGUUUUCGACAAGUAUUGUAAGCAUAUAGUAGGCGCCCUCGCUACCUCGCUGUUUGCCUCAGUUUUGCUGGUUCUUCUGGUCUGGCUCUCCACUUUCACCCUCCACAAAAAAAUUCGCCAGUAGAGUUUGUGAAGAUUGAAGAACAUAACGAAAUGUAUUAGAAUCCUACCCACAGGAUGCCUUCAACUAGUGUGUGUGAGCGCUCACUUGCAUGUAUUAUCGAAUAUCUUAGUGUUUUCUGUUUAGAGGUUCUUUCAUUGUGUAAAUGUUGUCUGGUAUGCUAUAUCUAUCUUGUCCAUUUGGAAGCUUAGUAUUCGGAUUUCUUAUGUUACAGGUUCUUUUGGUUUGUAAACGUUAUCUACUUGCAUCUGAGGCAUUGAUUCGUCUUGUACCAUUUCCUUCAAGGGUUUUCUAAGUGUGAAUGUAUGCAAAAUUAGUUUCUGUUACAAAGGAA